ACCAGAAGAAGAGGAAGAGCGGAUUGGAUUCUCUGCUGUGAUGCUUUUCGUCCUCGCAACAGCCCCGAACUCUGUGUAUUUUAGAGGUUUAUGAGUCAAGGUUAGACAGAGGCGUUAGCAAGGCGUACAAACAGGGCCACACUGUUUGUUUUGGUGUUGACAAGGGAAUCAAGUAUAGCUGGAGGAAGAUUAAUUAAAAGAUGCUGUCUGGUGGGCACGGAGAAGUCAACCCUAACUCAUCAUGGCACAGCAGUCGGGGGGCGUGGCUGUCCUACCUGGCAGGAUUGUUGGCACUGCACCUGUUCCUCCUCUCCAUCCCAGUCAUAUCCAUACCCACAGCAUGGACACUCACUAAUGUUAUUCAUAAUCUGGCAAACUACCUGUUCCUUCAUCAGAUAAAAGGAACACCAUGGCAGUUGCUAGACCAGGGAAAAGCACGUCUAAUGACAGCCUGGGAACAGAUUGACUAUGGGCAGCAGUUUACAACAACACGCAAGUUUAUCACCAUAAUACCUAUUGUUUUAUUUCUGCUUGCCAGUUUCUACACAAAGUAUGAAUUCAAUCACUUUGCUGUCAACUUUGCCACGUUACUUCUUGUGUUGAUUCCCAAGCUUCCACAGUUCCACAUGGUUCGUUUGUUUGGAAUCAACAAAUAUUAAUUCCCCAUAAUGUGAACAGAUGACAAGCUAAAAGUUUGUGUGAUGCAAAGGUUGGUAGUGGUAUUGUAUACAACAAUUUAUAAGCUGCAGGCCAUAGUUUGGACAAGAUUUUGCAUAUAAGGGCUGGACUCAGCUAUAUGCUGCACCUCAAGACUUUCAGGACUGUUUCAAAAGUUGGUGGAAUGGAAAGCAAUUAGUUAUUUAGUAUCACAUUUCAUUAUUCUUAAGGAACUUGGGAUAUAUGUGUGUGUGUGUGUGUGUGUGUGUGUGUGUGUGUGUGUGUGUGU